AUGGCGUCGACAUGGGAGCGUAUGUCGAAAGUGAUAGAACGGUACGAACGGCUGACGUUGGGGGAAAUCCGCGAACUCAAGAAGCUGCAGAGGGCCGCCAUUGAGAAAAGAGCCAGUGACAAUGCCGUGGCUCGCAAUCAGGUGAAUACUUAGGAAUAACAAAGUGGUCCCUAUAGGAAGGGAAAAAACCCUAUAAGGACCGAAAAAGUGGUCCCUAUAGGGGUUUAAGAUCUGACCCCUUAGCCCCCUGAAGCUCAAGUAGACCCCGGUUCGGCCCCCCAAGUAGAUUUAGCGAAGAUGGUUUACGUAAUUAUAAACACUACUUUACUAAUCUCAGUAAUCAAAGAACGCCAAACGAGUAUUCCCUUAACUAACUUUAAAGAGAUUUCUACGCCUCCGAGAGGUUUUUUUCCCUUCAGGGCUUUCUCAGUAAGUUUUUUUGGAAAGUUCACGUCCGGUUUGUAUCCAGUGGAGAGAGGCGGGCUGAGCCACAACACUCUUCCUAGCUGGGCUGCUGCAGGAGAAAGAAGGUGAACCGGCGGGCCAGAGCCACAACACGGUUUUCCGCAGUCGUCUGAGCAGCUUCGACAGAGAGACACGACGAAGCAACGCUGGCUGGGUCUGAGACCUUGCCCCUCGACGACUCUCGCUUAGUGAACACUUAAGUGUUCGAGGACUUGUAAUUCUAAAGCGUAAUUACGCGGUUUUUUUUUAUAUAACACGAACACGAUUUCUUUUCAAAUACCACUCUUUACUAACUUCCAACAAUUGAGUACGAAAACGGGCGGCUCACAACUGUGCAAGGGUUGAGGUUGAUCCCACGUUGAGAAACCUCAAACUUGGGUAAUUAAACCAACACGUUUUGUAAAAACAACGAGAAGUUAUUAACGCGUACUUAAUAGGAUAAAGGAGUGCUACUCGUUUGAAUAAGAAAUUAAUUUAACAAAGACGAGAUACAAAUGAAUAAAAUAGAUAAACGAAAACAAAUAAAAAAGGUAACUAAUUAGAAAGAACAAUGAACUUGAAAGGAAUAGAAAAAUAUGGCGAGAAAGAAAAGAUGACAAUAGAGAAGGGCUAAAAAGGGGGAAAAUUUGGCGCCUUUCUUUGACCCGUAGAUCACUGUCGCGGAAGAUCAACUCCUAUUAGGUUUUUCAACUUCAAAUUUUAAAAAAAAAACUCUGCUUUUUGUUAGUUUUCGCAUGGAACUGCUUCUUCGCAUAGGGUUCAAAACAAUUAUCGACUAGCAUGUCUCCUUUAGGGGCCACUUACUAAAAUCCCAAUAAGGAUCACUUUUGCAAGUGGGUCCCUAAAAGGCGCCCUCCCUCCAAGAGCCCCCGAGAUUGCCCCUAUAGAGACCACUCUGGAUUAACAAAGAAGAGGUCAAUGUUUUUUUAAAAGUUUCUGAAAACUAUCAAACCCUUCUUGUUUUAGUUAUUCUGAUAAAGGAGAAAAAAAAAUUUUUUUUCAUUGUUUUUUUCCAGAUAAAAAGACUAGAAGAUCAGCUCCUGAACGGCUUGGAAAAGAUUUUGAGAAUGCGAAAUGAAGUGGAAUCUGACGAUCAGGAGCUCUUCGAUCAGAGGAUUGAGCCUAUAAGGUUAGUUUUGCCUGAAAUUUUUUUUUAUUUCGCUCAACUUUUUUUCUGUUCAGAAAGCAAAUCCAAUCGACGGUGAGCUUGAAUCGACAAUUGCCGCCUUUAAAGGAAACCUCCUCCGGAAAUCCUUUUCUGAACGAUGGCGAAAAUAUCGAUGAGAGCAACCCUUAUGAAGUGGAAACUCAACGGUUUCGAACUUUUGAAACGACGUUUUAAACUUUUAUUCAAAGGUAUGCCCAAGAAAGCGAUGCCCGCGUACAGGAACUGCGUUCGAUUGCUGAAGAUGCGAGGGAAAAGGCGAAAACGACAGUCAAAAUUCAGCAAGUUUGCUUUUUUCUCUGUUCAAACUUCAUUUUCGUCAGAAAAGAUACGAAAAAACCUUCUUUUCAUCAAAAAUUUCUUGUAUGGAGUUUGAUUUUUCUAAAAACUGAAGUUUUGAUUUCUGUUAUUUGUUAUCUGUACCACUCUGAUAGGAUUUCAUUCUGCAGAAAACAUUUUUUAUGAAGUUUUGAAAGUAUUGAGCUCUCCACAGGAACUCCUUAAAGCUUAGCUUGCAAAAGUGGUCCCUAUAAGAGUUUUAGUUAUUGGCCCCUAUAUGGGGACAUGCUAGUCGAUAAUUUUUAUGAACUCUAUGCGAAGACGCAUUUCUAUGCGAAUAACUAAAUGAAUAAGCGUUUUUUGAAGGAAAUCGAGAGACCUCUAUAGGAACCAUUUAAGCUUCAGGGGCUUAGGAUUCAGACCCUGAACCCUUAUAAGGACCACCGUAAUUUCACCCCUCUAGGGACCACUUUUUCAGCCCCUAGAAGGGUUGUUUUUUCCCCUAUUUCUAAAAAAUUGAGAAAAAAAAGCAUAUUUCAGGACAUGCAAGACCUCGAAUCGAUAUUUUCCGAACUUUCUCGGAUCGUCCACGAACAACAUGAAGUUGUCGAUUCUAUAGAGGUAAUAUUUGAAAAAUAGAGUUUUUUUGUAAGCAGUUAAAAAAACAACUUUAUGUAUCCUUUCUACUUAGCUGAUUCGAUUACCAUAGCUAUUAAAAUUACUUUUUUCAAUUUUUCAUGUUAAGGAGCACGUUGAAAGAGCCACAGAAGACGUGAAACGGGGAAAUCAGCAGCUGAAAAAAGCGGUCGCCUCGAAAACGGCCAAGGUUUGUUAAGAAUAACUAAAACUAUUCUCUAACUUAUUUUGCUUCCGUGACGAAUGUAUGUAAAAAAGUGUUUCAAAAUUUUUUCCGGAUCAGAUAAAAUUCAAAUUCCUGUCUUUAAUUUUGCGAGUGAACCUCGUGAAUGGUAAUUUUUAAUAAUCAAAUGUUUACGAUAACCAGUUUUUAAUCUUCAAAAUAAGAAGUAGCUGGCUUUUGGCAUCUUACGAGGAGCUCGAAGGCUUUUAAAAGGAAAAUUUUGUGAGAAUUUUAUAGAAUUUGGCAGGAUAGUGGGGAAUUUUCUUUGAAGAGCAAUUAAGAAGAUCAACUGUAGUCUAAUGUCCAUUAUAUAGAUUUUUAUCGGGCAAAGUUGGAAUGGUGGAUAAUGGCCGCUAAAAGGGAGAGACUCAAAAAAGGCAGCUUGAGCCUUUUCCAUCCCUUUCCGAAUUUACCUAUGUUAGGAAGGCAUUCUGAAAAUUUAUUGAACAGGUUUCGAAGAAAGCUAGGGAAUGAAAGAUGAAUCAAUAUUAUAACCUUUUGCUGAAAAAUGAACGAUAAAUUAAAAAAAAAAUCUCAUUCAGUUAGUUUGUGGGGUGAAAAGAGAUUUGAAGGCUCCAUUCGUGGCGGCGGUAGUUGGCGGUUUGGCGUUGGGAGGUCCAGUAGGCGUGGCCGCUGGGUCCGCUGUCGCCGGCGUCGCUGCCGGCAUCGGAGGCCUCGUCGCAGGUUAAUCUAUCCUUAUCUUCCCAUCUUAAAAACGAUUCUCAGGCGUUUACACUGGUCGCUACUUCAAAAACGUCGUCAAAAAAGACUGCGAAACCGACUAUCAGUGA